AUGGAGAGAAUGAUAAUAGCUUUGAUCACGGACGGAAAGCUCAAUGAGCUGAUUCCUACCAUUGACGCCGCCAUUCAACAGGACCAACUUCCCCCGACAACGAUCCUCCUCCAAACAGCAAUCCAAGCCAUGCAGCUGGACGUUCUCGCUUACCUUCUGACGCGGCUAUUCCCAUACGACGAGGAGGAGAACCCACUAGCGCAUCUGGACAGAACGGUCAUCCUGGACGCGCUCAGCCCCGAACGAGUCCCGGCGUUUGAGCUACUCUGCCGCCAUGAUCCGGCGCUUCGAACUAUGCACCUAGGCCACAUGGGUCCCCCGCUAGCAUGGGCCAUUCUGGGAAACAAUCUCCGGCUGACCUCGUUUCUCCUCGCGGGCCCUGAUGGAUUGGACCCCAAUGGAUGCCAGAUCAACCAUCGGCCCGCAGUGGUUGCUGCGGCGGGGACCGGAUCAUGCGCGAUGAUGGACCUACUCUUAGAUCACGGAGCAUCCGUUACAGGAACGGAUGCGGUUUUUGCUGCUGUCCGAAAUCGCCGCGUGGAUAUCCUGGAGCUUCUCGUGCAAAAGAGGAAAGUGGUGGAUAUCAAUGCUGUUCAGCCGGCGGACCAAGGGAGAGGCCUAACGCCGGGGCCAGUCCUUCAUUUGGCUGUUCGACGGAAGGACCGGCAGAUGGUGAGGGUUUUGCUUGAAAAGUUUCAUGCGGAUCCUCUCGCGAAGGAUUCGGAGGGGAAGACGGCUGUGGAAUUGGCUGAGCAAGGUCAAGAUCCGGAAAUAUUGGGCUUGUGUAUGAACGGAGCAGGGAAUCAUGCGGCCGCAAUCCCAGACCGGGCUCUUAGCAGCCUCGUCGAGCCAGGCCAGCAGCUAUCACCCGCACCCCGUGAUCUUAUCCCCCCAGCCCACCUAGCCAAGCGAGGAUGCGCCUUCAGCAAGACCUCCGACGACGACGACGACACCAGCGCCUCCGAGCCCGUCUACGUCUGCAGCAGCGAAGUCCCCUCCGUCGACGACCUGGUCGCGCAAAUCCAGUCCUACGGCACCGUAGGCUCGCUCGACUCCCUCUUCUACAGCGGGCUAGACGGCGGCAACGCCAUCCCCCUCGCUAAGCAAUGGUACUGCUCGAAUGUGCCAGACGGCCGCGGCGCCGUGGCAUUCGACAACAUCGUCGACAACGACUGGUACCUAGCGCAGGCAUCGGCGUUGGCGCCGAUCUCGUAUUCCAAGGUGGACCAGUUCCAGAAGCGGCUCUCGCAGGCGUUUGCGACGGCAUCAUCGGGCACGGUGUAUUUCUUCACGAAGCAGGAGAAUGAUGGGACGAGUAUGCCGACUACCCUUGCUUGGGGUGGGUGGGAGUAUCCUGCGCUCACGAGAAAUGCGGACGUGACGGAGAUCAUUCAGGUUGAUCCGACGGUUGAGGGGGAUGAGGGGACAGUUAUUUGGAAGCAGGGAGAUGGCGCUUCGGAGACGGAGCCGAGGGGGUAG